AUGUUUCAGGCUAACGACACGAGCUCGACUAAGGACGAUUUGAACUCUUGGCUCCCAAUUACCGCUAGUCGCAAAGCAAAAUGGUGGUACUCUGCUUUCCACAAUGUUACUGCUAUGGUUGGGGCCGGCGUGCUCGGCUUGCCUCUCGUUCUUGCCCGACUCGGCUGGAUUCCUGGAAUCUCCAUAAUAUUGCUGUCGUGGCUGGUGACGUGGUACACCGUGUGGCAGCUGAUUCAGCUCCACGAGUCGGACACGGGCCAGAGGUUUGACCGGUACACUGAAUUGGGCCAGCAUGCGCUCGGCCCGAAUAAGGGGACGUGGCUCGUGAUGCCCCAACAGCUUGUGGUCCAAGUGGGGUCCAACAUCGUGUACAUGGUCACCGGCGGCAAAUCCCUCAAGAAAUGCCUCGCGCUCUUAACAUCGGAUGCCGAUUUCCGAAAGACUUAUUACAUCAUAUUCUUCGGCGCCCUCCACCUCGUCCUCUCGCAAGUCCCGAAUUUCAACUCCUUGAAGAUUAUUUCGUUAACGGCCGCCGUUAUGUCUAUAAGUUACUCGUGGAUAGCGACGGGUGCGUCGAUAGGGAAGGGCAUCUCGCACCAUAAAGUGGCGGCCUACGGUUUCAAGUCGACAACGACAGCUGGCAUAGUUUUCGAUAUCUUUAGUAGUUUGGGAGUUGUCGCGUUCGCUUUUGCCGGACACAGUGUGGCGUUGGAAAUUCAGGCGACUAUUCCGUCGACUGCGGAAAAGCCGUCGAGGAUUCCGAUGUGGAACGGUGUGAAGGUGGCUUAUUUAAUCGUGGGGUUGUGUUAUUUUCCAGUGGCGAUAUCUGGGUUUUGGGCCUUCGGCAAUCUGGUGGAAGAUGACGUGUUGUUAUCCCUCGAGCACCCGGCUUGGCUCAUAAGUUUAGCUAAUUUCAUGGUGUUUGUUCAUGUCCUUGGAAGUUAUCAGGUAUUUGCGAUGCCUGUUUUCGACAAAAUCGAAGGUGCAUUGGUACAAAAGUGGAAUUGCACGCCUGGACGACGCCUCAGGCUUGUGGCACGUAGCGUUUAUGUUGUUAUGACAUGUCUCGUUGGAGUAGUCGUUCCAUUUUUUGGAGGAUUGCUAGGGUUUUUUGGCGGAUUAGCCUUUUCAAGCACAUCCUAUAUUAUCCCUAGUGCACUGUGGAUCAAACUCCGUAAACCUAAGAGAUGGAGCUUCCACUGGUUUGCUUGUUGGAUUUCAAUUUUGAUCGGCAUUGGCAUAACUAUAGUAGCGCCAAUAGGAGGAUUACACGAGAUCAUUAGCUCAUCUUUUGUUGGAGUCGUUCAAAACAAUGGCAAUAAGAGUCACAGCCCUUUUGUCCGAAUUCAAUCCCAACUUCCAAAUCUCCUCGGUUUUACGAAACCCACAUUUUCUUGCAUAAAUCACCCAAAAUAUUUGCUUCCCCACAAUAGAAGCAGAUUUUGCGGAAUAAAGUCGGUGCAGCAAGAUAAGGAAGCUCAGAUUUCUCAAGUAAAAGAUGAUAUCGACGAUGGCAGUGGCAGCCCAUCAACCAGCUUCCUGUCUUUUCUUUGCCCCUUGCUUAAAUUCUUCUCUGCAGGGGAUCCUUCUGGAGAACGAAAUUAUCUACUGGAGGAGGCUACAUCUUCAUUAUCUACUUUAGCAAGGCUCCCAUGGGGCUCUAAUUCACUAUCCGACUUAUUAAACGACAAACAGAACGUGGAUCCGCCAUUGCCUUUGCAGCUCUUUGAAUUCGGUAAGUACCUGUUUUCCUAUGAAUUGUCAACAGAGGCAUGCCCCUUUUGCAGGAGGGUCCGGGAGGCCUUGACCGAGCUUGAUUUAUCUGUCGAGAUCUUUCCAUGUCCAAAGGGGUCAAUAAGACACAGGGAAAUGGUUAGAAGACUUGGUGGAAGGGAACAGUUCCCGUUUCUUGUAGACCCCAAUACCGGAACUUCAAUGUAUGAAAGCAGUGACAUUGUUAAAUAUUUAUUUCAGCGAUAUGGUGGAAAAAGUAGUCCUUCAUUUGGCAUAUUGGAGAGCACUUUGGUGACUGGGUGGGUCCCCACCCUUCUUCGAGCAGGCAGAGGGAUGACACUAUGGAAAAACGCCAUCAAAGAGCCACCUCCUCUUAAGCUGGAACUUUUCUCCUACGAAAAUAAUGCAGUGCCUUACCUUGUUGAUCACAACUCUGGCGUGAAAAUUGGGGAAUACAAGAAGAUCCUCUCAUACUUGUUCCAAACAUACUCAGUUGCCAGCACCAAUUAAACCGUGAAUAAAAUUUUAGCACGCGAAAGCCUAAAAGACGACGAGUACUUGAAUAAUGCACAUGUGCCUGAUUAGCAAUGGCAUGCGUGCCCCUAUUAGUUUCUUAGAGUAAGUAUACAGCCAAAGGCAAGAGGUACAGGAAAAAUGGAUAUCUUCAUUGUCUUUAUUUAUUAAUAUUACAAAUACAUGUAUGAGAUGGUUUACAAUUACACAAUAGUAGUUUAUAUCACGCAAGUAUAAUUUAUGUAGCUUACUGAUAUGCCACGCUUUUUACUCAAACACCAUUGAAUAUUAAAUUGAUAUGUUUAUGAUAAAACUAUUAUGAUCUAGAGGAAACUAAGUCAAUAGUGUCCAUUUAUGUCUGCAGAUUUUGUUAUGGAUUUGAUUGCAUAAUAUUGUGUUUGACAUAGCAGUUCUAAAUUAUUAGGACACAGUCUUAGAUAGUUUGGCUAUUUUUCAAUUAGGAGUCUAGUCUUGGAUAGUUUGGCUCCUUAGCUCUGCCUGAACCAAUGAUCUACUUGAACUACCCGAGAAUUAAUGAAUCAUCUCAAACAGCACUAAUUAGAAGUCCUGAUUCAACUACAAAUACACCGAGCUAUAAAACAAUCCUUUAUUAUUCUCACUUACCAAUAGAAUGGAUACUUGGUGGCCUUUACAGACCUUACUAUGCUUAGCCACACUAGCCUUCAUCAUCACCAAAGUCCUCCGCAACCCAAACCCAAACUUCCCCCGGACCCAAAGCCAUGGCCCGUGAUCGGCAACCUAAACCUGAUUGGCCACAUUCCCCACCAAUCCCUCCACUCCCUAUCCCAAAAAUACGGCGAAAUAAUGCUUCUAAAAUUCGGAAACUUUCCCGUAACAGUUGCCUCAUCCCCUGAGACAGCCAAGUAGUUCCUAAAGGCCCAUGAUGCAGUCUUUGCCUCCCGACCCCCACUCUCAGCCGGCAAGUACAUAUCCUUCAACUACUCAGACAUGGCCUUGGCCCUUUACGGCCCGGAAUGGCGGCAGGCCCGUAAAAGCUACAUGUCAGAGAUUUUCAACCCCAAGAGUCUCGAAUCAACCGAGAAGAUCCGGGUCGAGGAGAGCACUAAUCUCAUUUCCUGACUAUUUUCUCUUUCGGGAAAGCCCGUUUUGCUCAGGGACCACUUAAUGCGCUACACCCUCUUGACCGUUUGCCGCAUGGUCUUCAGUGAUUUGAACGAGCCAUGUAAUAACGAAAAGGGUGUGGAGAAAUGGGUCGUGACGCUGGAUGAACUGCAGCACAUGCUCGACGAGUGGUUUUUCCUUAGUGGGGCGUUUAAUAUCGGGGACUGGGUGCCGUGGCUCGAUUUUCUUGAUCUUCAAGGGUAGGGGAAGAGGAUGAAGACCUUGAGUAGGAAGCUCGACCGGUUUCUUAACAAUGUGAUUGAUGGUCGUAAGGGUAAGAAAACGGUUGAUGAUGAGAGAAGGGUGAAAGACGUGGUGGAUGUGUUAUUGCAGCUCUCUGAGGAUCUAACUCUUGAUGUUAAGAUGACGAGUAAUCAUGUCAAGGCAUUAGUACAGAACAUUCUACUCGGAGGCACAGAUACCUCAGCAACUGCAAUCGAGUGGGCCAUACACGAAAUUCUCAAACACCCUCACGUAAUCGAAAAGGCUAGAGACGAGCUCAACAGGGUGAUCGGGAGAAAAAGAUGGGGAAACGAGCAUGACUUCUCUCAACUACCUUACGUAGAAGCUAUAAUAAUGGAGUCGAUGAGACUACACCCAAUCUCCACUCUACUCGCUCCUCAUUACGCGCUCGAGGACUGUAAAGUCAAAGGCUACGACAUAUCAAAGGGAACAACUGUCCUAAUCAACGUGUGGAGCAUCGGGCGGGACCCACGCGUUUGGGACUCGCCCGAGAGGUUUUAGGCAAAAAGGUAGACUUGUUGGGUGGCGAUUUUGCGCUUUUGCCGUUUGGGUCGGGAAGGAGGAGAUGUCCCGGGUAUAACCUCGGGCUUAAGAUGGUUCGAUUGACUUUAGCUAAUUUGCUACACGGUUUUGAUUUGAGAUUGGUCGAGGGCACCAGCCGUGAGGAUAUAUGCAUGGAGGAGGAGUAUGGCCUCAGUACACAUCCUAAAAUCCCUAUUUCCAUUAUUAUGGAGCUUACUCUUCCAAGCCAUCUUUACUGAAAUCCUCUUCUGCUUUGGGUGAUCUAUAUAUGAUAUAAUAAAAUGUUUAAUAUGCACGUUCUAUAAUGGUUAUUGUUGCUGUGCCACAAAUGUUUACUACUUUUGGGGGAUUUGGGGGGUCAUAACCUUAUAUACUUGCUCGUGGAAACUUGUACUUAAACUUUAUAAGCAAUAAUUAUCUUCUUCAUUCAAGAGGUUUGUAAAUUUUGUGAUAAUGUUAUUCUUUUAAUUUUGUGGUAACAUUCUCAU